AUGCAACCUGGUGUGCUGCAGAUCCAGCGGCGACCUAGCACGCUGCCCGACGCACCGCCGACGGCGCGCCGAUGGGAGACCUCUCGAGACGCUCGCCCGCUUGCGCUACCACCAGCGCCAACACAGGUCGUGCCAUCGGCACCACAAAAAGCGAUCAAGUCCAAGCAGCCGCCCAAGCGUCCGACCAACGGACAGGUCAACCUCCUCGACUUUGUGGCCAAGCCUGCGAGAAAGGCCAAGGCAAAGGCGCCGCCACCAACUGCUACUGCAGCGACCAAGUCGGCGGCCAUGCGUGCCACCGCGAAUGCGUUUGUUCCAGGCAGCGCGACGCAUCAAGAUGACCCGACGACGACCAACGCCCCGCGUCCCGUUGGGACAAAGAAGAAGAAGAAGUCGACGCUCAAGAAGAAGAUUCUGCGCGACCGCGCGGCGAAAUGGGAGGCGUACCAUCCGAUGCCAACCCCGAGAAAGCGCAGUCCGUGA